UUUAGUAUGCUGUCUAGGUUGGUCAUAACUUUUCUUCCAAGGAGCAAGUGUCUUUUAAUGGGUGCCCUUAGGGCUCAGAAACUCACACUGCAGGGCCAGAGUCACUGAUGACUCUGACAUCCUCGAUUACUGAUCAGGCAGGCAAUACUCCACUUCUCAUACCUUGUCCGAGAUGCUCCCCCAGACCCUGUCUCAGAAUGUGGAAGGAGGCCUGGCCUUGGAUCCAGAGCCAGUAGGAAGAGGCCCUGACUGCUCUCAGGGACACCUGUGCAGAGACCACAGAGGAAACCAUUCAGAUUCACGACAAGACGAAGUUGGCUGACAAUCCUGCUUCCUCCCAUUUUAUUAUUUAUCUCCAGGAGUCUGAGGGCAAAAUGACGACACCCAGGAAUUCAAUGGUUGGAGCUUUCCCAGCGGAAGGUCCCACUGCCAUGCAUGCUGCUCAGAAAGUGAUUCCCAGGAGGGUGCCUGCAGUGGUGGGCCCCACACAGAGCUUCUUCAUGAGGGAAGCGAAGGCUCUGGGGGCUGUCCAGAUUAUGAACGGGCUGUUCCACAUUGCCCUGGGAAGCCUCAUGCUGAUCCACAAGGACGUCUACAUGCCCAUCUGUGUAACCUUGUGGUACCCUCUCUGGGGAGGUAUCAUGUACAUCAUUUCUGGAUCACUGCUGGCAGCAGCAGAGAAAAACUCCACACAGAGCAUGCUCACAGGAAGAGUAAUAAUGAACUCUUUGAGCCUCUUUGCUGCUAUUUCUGGAAUAAUUUUUUUGAUCAUGGACAUAUUUAAUAUGACAAUUUCCCAUUUUUUUAAAAUGGAGAAUCUGAACCUUAUUAAGACUCAGAUGCCAUAUAUUAACAUAAACAACUGUGAACGAGCUAACCCUGAUGAGAAUAACUCUCAGUCCAUGGAAUAUUGUGCCAGGAUACGGUUUGUGUUCUUGAGCAAUUUCGCAGUGAUGAUGAUCUUUGCCUUCCUCCAGAAACUUGUGACAGCUGGCACUGUUGAGAAUGAGUGGAAAAAAAUAUGCUCCAGACCCAAAGCUAACAUCGUUCUCCUGUCAGCUGAAGAAAAAAAGGAACAGGCGAUCGAAAUAAAAGAAGAAGGGGUUGAGCAGACUGAAGUGGCUGAGCAGAUUGAAAUAUCUUCCCUACCAAAGAAUGAAGAAGACAUUGAGAUUAUUCCCGUCCAAGAAGAAGAGGAAGAAGCAGCAGAAAUGAACUUCCCGGAGCCCCCCCAGGAUCAGGGAGACGCGCCAAUAGAAAACGAUAGUGUCCCUUAAACGGUCUCUUUUCUUUGUUGUCGUCUUUUCUUUUAGCAUUAGUGUUCACAGCUUCCCAGAGACUUAUUUACCCGCAUUUCUGAAGGCACUCUGCACGUGGCCGCCACGUCUUUCUCUGGUCUUUGCGUGGAGGGGCCACAGACAGCUCCCUUCUCCCCAUCCUCACUCAGAGUAUGCACACAGGCCACUGCAGCAGACUGCAGCAUCGUGUUUCUCGCUUAGCACAGCCUUCUCACAUUGAAAAGAGCGAAGUCUGAGUGAGGGCUGCAGAGUGUGGUUUGCCGCCGGCCUGCCCUCGGAUAAGGUGUGGCCGUGGCAGCCGAGUAGUCACAGCAGCAGCCGCCGCAGAAGUUUGUCUUCCACUGCUUCUCUCUGCAACAGGCAGACUGUGUAUCAGAUGGAAAGUGUAAGUGACCGCUCCACGCCAUCCUUAAGCUAUCUUUGAUUCCUUCCACACCUAUAUAUUUAUGUAUGUGUGGAAUCUCUUUUGCACCACUGUUUUCAGGAAAGUAAAAGAUAAUGAUAAUGAAGUACAGUAAAGAACCUAUUCCAUCUGUCUUUCUAUGGGCUGACACUGUGCCUCUGUGUCUCACUGGAGGAGCUCUAAGGGGCCAGUCCUCAGCCCUGUCUCUGUACAAACAGCACCGCUUAUACCUGGAUCUGUCUCCUUCCGUCUUAACUUUUCUUAACUCCUCCUCCAGGCUCUUGGCUGCUCUAUCUACAUACUUUUCGCCUUUAGGCAAGAGAAGAAAGAAUGAUAGAAAAAAAUGCCAUAAUGAACACCCAAAUCGCAAAGGACAAUCAAUGCUUGUAUUUGUACAGUGUUUUCCAGUUCACAAAAUAUUUUAUCAAAUAAGUGUAAUUGAUCUUCCAUGAUCAAGGAAAAAAAUUCCUAUCUCUGUUUUACAGUGCUCACACAGUAAGUAAAUAAAUCAAUGUAACUUUUCAAUAGU